AUGGACAAAAUCGUGGAGGCAUUACCCUACUACUUCUCGGGGAAAGUUGUCAGCGGCUUUGGUAGAGGAAGCACGGAACUUGGUUGUCCGACAGCAAAUGUUGACGAAUCAGUGGUUGAUGCUCUACCAUCGGCCAUCCAAGAAGGUGUUUACUAUGGAUACGCGAGAAUUGCUGGUGGACAGGUUGAAAAUAUGGUAAUGAGUAUCGGCCGUAAUCCGCAAUAUGAAGGCAAAAGAUUGACAAUGGAGGUUCACUUGCUUUGUACUUUCCCAGAACCAUUUUACGGAAAAUCAAUUGAUGGACUUGUACUCGGUUUCAUCCGCGAGAUGCACAAAUUUGACUCAAAAGAAGCCCUGGUUGCUGCAAUACAAAAUGAUAUUGCCAUUGCAAAGGAAAAAUUGGAAACAGAGAUGAAACAAGAAACAAUUCAGCGAUAUUUCAAAUGU